UGAAUUACUUGCAUCCAAAUCAGAGCGACAAACGAACCGAACCCCGCGGCGGGGGUUGACACUCGCCAUGCCCUCGAUCACCACCAUACACGAAUCUCUACCAUACAUCGACCCAGAACCAACCCCGUCCGAACGCGCCGCAGCAGAAGCCCUGAUCGCCGCCGAGCGCGACCUCGUCCCCGACGAUCCCAACCACGCGCUCCUUCCCGCACCGACCGGCCCAACCCGUUUCCUCACGCCUUUACUCACAGCCGAGUUCUCACGCCUCUCUUCGGCCGCCCCGGAGGACCCGUCCAAAUCCAAGCUCAACGCGCUCGACCUGUCACGGUACGAGGCGCUCGACCCGCCGAGCGCCGAGACGCUGGCGUCGCUGCCGCCGCGGGAAGCCUCUUCGGUUCUGCAACAGUCCCUGGCCCGCGCCUACGCGUCCCAGGCCUACGUCGCCUCCCGCCGCGCCCACCUGGCCCUGCUGGACAGCUACGGCAAGAACGCUUGGCUGGUGGGCAACUACCACCUCGAGGGCGAGCUGAAGGCGCUUGAGGCCGAGCUGGCCGAGACAAAACGGGCAAUUGAUGUGCUCACUUUGCAGCGCAAGGACGCGCAGGACCAGGCUGGCCCCGAGAUUAAAGGGUUAGAGCAAACCUGGAAGGGGGCAAUUGGUAGGGUGCUCGAGACCGAGGCCGCCGCGGAGCGGUUGAGGAGGGAGAUUCUGGAGGUUAGGAGGAGACGAGCAGCGGACGAAUGAAGUGCUGUUUGUAGACCGAAUUUCACAAAGCAAGCAUAACAACAAGCUGGCACCACACAAAAGUUAGAUGGUGGCGGCGCAAGAAUUCUUGUACCAUAACCGAUUCACCCGAACAUCAUAGGAUGCUGGCAUAUGGAUGCUAGUGUAUCCUGUUACUGAUACAUCUUCCAGCCAUCCGGUAGCAGUCAGCCAGGG